UGUUCCCCCUACCAAGCCCCUAACGGCAAGUGUCCCCACAGAAUGCAAGAACGCUUGCCUUUUUCUACCCGAAAAAGGAAACAAAUUCGGCCAGCGCUACAGCUUAGCCUACAACUCAGGCCGCCUAUAAAAGACGCCCAUCUGCACAGCCAAUCCACAGGUAGAUCGAGGACCAUCCUAGCUACCCUGCACUGACGCAUAAUUCGUCCCCUGCACCUGCACUGCUAUCUUCAGAAUCCAUCAGUCACAGAUCGGUGCAGCCAGGCAGGCCCCCGCCGUCAAGCUUGGAUCAGCAAUUCCUCAGUCAAUUUGAGAGCCAGCCAGCCAGGUAGUUGCUAUCUCUUUGCAGCAGUGAUUAAUCCCGUAGCUGCCUCUGAGGCGUUGCUGCGCCGGCCCGUUUAUAGAUCCAUGGACGACUUCGGCGGCUGGAGUAUGCAGUAUGCAGCGGAGCCGUGCCUGCCAAGCCGCCCCAGCGACGACGGCCUUCUCAGUGCCUUUCUGGACGGCGGCUUCGACCUCCGUUCUGAUCAUGGCCACCUCGACCUGCCCUCGUCGUACCCGGUUCAGAGCCUCAUGCUGUGCCACGACGCCGAGAGUCUGUCGGACGGCUUAACGGCAGACUUCAUGGGCCUGGACACCGCGGACGUGGUCCCGAGCGUCGUCGCCGGCGCUGUGGAAGACAGCCUCCUCGACCCGUUCGUGUACGCCCCGAACGUCGUCACCGUCGCUGAGGAGCCCGCGCAGACCGCGGCGUCGAACACCGCCUUCUCCGGAUACAGCAGCUCCACGGGCGGCGGCAACUGGAACAUCUCCUCAGGCGAGUCCAACACGUGCGGCGGCGGCGGAGGAGGAUACGACACGGAGGUGGCGUCGCCGUGCGCCGUGUCGCGGGCAGCGCUGCUUCAGACGACGACCGGCGUGCCUCCCUCGAAGCGCAAGCCGGGCAAGUACCCCGCGGUAGCCGCGCCGGGAACAAAGGCGGUGGCCGGGCGUCGUGGCGAGAAGCGAGCCGCCGCGACGUCGUCGUCGUCGACCAGCAUCACGUUCACGGGGCAGGGCCGCCACGACCACGGCGCGGCAGGAGGGCCGGCCAGCGGCGGGUACGAGCCGGACUCGGAGGCGAUUGCGCAGGUGAAGGAGAUGAUCUACCGCGCGGCGGCGAUGCGGCCGGUGCACCAGCUUGUCUGUGGCGCCGCCGAGCCGCCGUCGUCCCAGGCGGCCAGGCCGCGGCGCAAGAACGUGCGGAUCUCGAGCGACCCGCAGACGGUGGCGGCGCGGCUGCGGCGGGGGAGGGUGAGCGAGCGCCUGCGCGUGCUGCAGCGGCUCGUGCCCGGCGGCAGCCGGAUGGACACGGCGUCCAUGCUUGACGAGGCGGCCAGCUACCUCAAGUUCCUCAAGUCGCAGCUCAAGGCGCUGGAGAGGGCAAGCCCUAGUAAUGGCAGCUACCACAUCGGCAGCUUCCUGCAGAGUUACAUGGGCAGCAGCCUUGGUGGUGGUGGUGGUACCAGCGCUAGCACUGUACAUGCUUUUGGAAAAGAUAGCGCCAUUGGUGGCUACGCAAAAUCCAACAGGAACAUGCAGUUGUAGCGUAGCGCGUGUAAUGAUCGAUAGAUGAGCGAGUGAUAUGAGACAACUACUGUAGAGAUUUUGGGGUUAAUAAAGUGUU